AUGUUCCCCAAGCUCUCCGUUAUUCUGAUCUCCGUCGCUCUUGCCCUCGUGCAGGUCAACGCGGAGACGCACACUAUUACAUUCACGAACAAUUGCGGCACGGGGACGGCUGGUGCAUACACGAUCCCUUACCUGAGGUCCUCGAGCGGUGCGGUUCUGUCGACGGGCGGUGCAUACACGUAUGAUGGUGCUCUGGAUGGACUCAUCGCUGGACAAUAUUCCUCUAUUGCUAAUUUGAAUUCUUCGGGCGGCUGCGGUGACAACGGCGAAUAUUGCACACUCGUAGAAGCAAGCCUUGUGAACUGCUACAGCAGCGCCGACAUCUCUCACGAGUUCAACGUUGCCGCCGGAUUCGGCUGCUACAACGGCUGCGAUGGCGCGGGUGCAGACUGCACUUCCGCUUCCUGCUCUACGGCAUUCACUGAGCCUGACCAGACGGGCAAGCAGGUCGGAUGCUCCGCUGACAACGUCGAUCUCGCAAUCACUUUCUGCGACUACAUAGGUUGA